UCUCUCUCUAUGUAGUUUCCCCAGCUCUCCUCAUUUAAAGCGCCUGCCAAAUGCCCUACUCCUCCUCCCCCCUCCUCCUCUCCACCUCCUCCUACUACUACACCCCCUCUCUCUCCCUCCACUCGCCAGCAGCACCUCGCAGCAGCACACGGAGCAGGGGAGCGUUCACGACCCGCUGUUGGCAUUUAGCGGACGCGGGGCCGCUGGCAGCUUGACCCGCGGCAGGGGGGGGGGAGGAGGAGAACCAAAGAUGGUCGGCAACCCGUGUGCUCGCAAGCUGGCCCGGCGAUCCAAGUCUGCGCUGAUCGCAGCACUGAGCGUGCUGCUCAUCCAGACGCUCAUCGUGUGGAACUUCAGCACCCUGGACUCGAGCGAGGACGGCGGGAAGGGCGCCGACAGGAGCCGCGAGAAGAGGGACCAUCGAGUCGGCGGAGGGGGGGUCAACAAAGCCUACAGCGAGUACCCCCGCAGCGGGCUCCUGAAGCGGGGCUCGCCGCAGCUGCAGCCUGGGGGGAAGGCGGCCGUCGCUCGGCACAACAAGGUCCGGGUGGACGACUUCCCUCCGCGCCCGGACAGCAACAACAACGAGAACUCGGUGCCCAAAGACUUCGACACGGUGGACAGCAACAGCAACCUGGGUGCGGGCUCCAAGCCCCAGCACGCCGCCGCCGCCGCCGCCGCCGCCGCCGCGGGACCCAACGCCAAGCCGCGCAAGGUCGAGAGGAAGGGCGCCCACCUGGGGAGGUCGGCCAAUGAGGUGCUCAAGCACCCCGUCGCCAUGGCCGCCGCCGCCGCCCAGCCCGUAGGCGGGGCGAGGCGGGGCCUGAACCACACCGGCGCCCUCCGGCCCGCCACCGCUGUCCCGGGGGCGGGCUCCGUCCGGGACGCGGCGGACGCCGGCCGCCACAGGAAGUCCUCGGCGCGGUCGAGCGUGGCGGCGGCGGCGGCGGCGGCGGGGGCGGAGCCACAGCUACAGCAGCAGAAGAAGAAGAAGGAGGCGCCGCAGUGCGAGAUCAGCGGGAAGGAGGUGAUCUCGGCGCUGUCGCGCGCCAAGAGCCGCGAGUGCCGGCAGCAGAUCGUGGACGUGUACUGCAGGCACAAGGAGGGCACCCUGAUGCCGCUGCAGGUGCCCCGCUACUGCCCGCUGGAAGCUAAGACCAGCGUCAGCGUGCAGUGGGACGAGGACCUGGGCCAGGCGGCCCCCGCGGUGCCGGCCCGGGUGGCCUUCGUGCUGGUGGUCCACGGCCGGGCGUCCCGGCAGUUCCAGCGGCUCUUCAAGGCCAUCUACCACACCUCCCACUACUACUACAUCCACGUGGACCUGCGAUCCAACUACCUCCAUAGGGAGGUCAUCGCCCUUGCCGAGCAGUACCCAAACGUCCUGGUGACUCCCUGGCGCAUGUCAACCAUCUGGGGAGGGGCCAGCUUAUUGACGAUGUACCUGCGCACCAUGAGCGACCUCCUCAAGAUGGCCGACUGGUCAUGGGAUUUCUUCAUCAAUCUCAGCGCGGCUGACUACCCAAUCAGGGCCAAUGAUCAACUGGUGGCUUUCCUUUCCAAGUACCGCAACAUGAACUUCAUCAAGUCCCACGGAAGAGACAACGCACGCUUCAUCCGUAAGCAGGGCCUGGACCGGCUCUUCUACGAGUGCGACACCCACAUGUGGCGGCUUGGCGAUCGCAAGAUCCCAGAAGGCAUUGGGGUGGACGGGGGCUCCGAUUGGUUCCUCCUCAACAGGCAGUUCGUGGACUACGUGGUCAACUCCCAGGACGACCUGGUCACCAGCAUGAAGCGCUUCUACUCAUACACACUGCUGCCCGCGGAGUCCUUCUUCCACACGGUGCUGGAGAACAGCGUCCACUGUGAGUCCAUGGUGGACAACAACCUGCGGCUCACCAACUGGAACCGCAAGCUGGGCUGCAAGUGCCAGUACAAGCACAUCGUGGACUGGUGCGGCUGCUCGCCCAACGACUUCAAGCCCUCCGACCUGCCCCGCUUCCAGCAGGCCUCCAGGCCCACCUUCUUCGCCCGUAAGUUCGAGGCGUCGGUGAGCCAGGAGGUCGUGGGCCAGCUGGACUCCUUCCUGUUCGGGGCGUACCCCCCGGGGACGCCGGCGCUCCACGCCUACUGGGAGAACGUGUACGAGCAGGCCACCGACGGGCCCGGGGCGCCGCGCGACGCCGCCCUCAGCUACUACCACGCCUUCGCCCGCAUGGGGCUGGCCCGGGCCGCCGGCUCCCUGCAGGGGGACCCCAACGACCAGAGCUGCAGGUACGCGUCCUCGGGCCACCCGCUGGCGGUCCACCUGUACUUCCUGUCGGACCAGCUGCAGGGCUACCUGGUGCGCCAGCAGGCCACCAACCUGGCAACCGGCCAGCCGGAGACCCUGGAGACCUGGGUCACGCCCAGGGGCCACUUCAGCCUGGCCACGCCCCCCGGCCCCGCCAACCGGCUGCAGGACAUCCAGGUGGGCACCGACUGGGACCCCAAGGAGAGGCUGUUCCGUAACUGGGGCGGGCUGCUGGGGCCCCAGGACGAGCCGGCCGCCGCCCAGCGCUGGUCGCGGGGCGCGGCCAACCUGACGGCCACCGUGGUGUGGGUGGACCCCACCAACGUCAUCGCCGCGACCUACGACCUCCUGGUGGAGGCGGGGGCCGAGUACACGCACUACCGGCCCCCGCUGAGCGGGCCCCUGAGGCCCGGCCUCUGGACGCUGCGCGUGCUGCACCACUGGAGCCUGCUGGGGGCCACGCGCUUCCUGGUGCUGCCCCUGGAGUUCAGCGGCCGCAAGCCCCUGCUGCAAGACGAUGCGCUGCGACUCCACGGGGGUCCGCCCCGCAACUCGUACAUGGAGCAGAGCUUCCACGGGCUGAACCCCGUGCUGCGGCUGCCCGUCAGCCUGGGCGCCGUGGAGGAGGCGGAGGCCAACGCGGCGCUGACGGGCGAGCCGCUGCGCCGCUGGGCCGACGGCCUGCUGGCCGGCCGGUGGGGCGCGGCCGACGUGUGCUCGGCCGGCCCCAGCAGCUGCCCCGUCCUGCAGCGCUGCGGCCACGCCCCCUGGAGCGCCCUGUCGCCUGACCCCAAGUCGCGGCUCGGACCGCCCGACGCAGCCGGACACAUCCGGUAGCGACGACCCCCCCCGAACGCACGGACGGAGAUUGUACUUUAUUGAUCCGAGACGGGCGGUCCGGCUUUGGAUGGAAUGCGGCGGGAGCGGGAGAUUGGAGUGACGCUAUUGGUCGAGGGAGGACGUCCCCCUGAAACAUGACUAUUUAUUUUGAUCCGGAGGGAGAGGGAGCUUUGGACGAAUCUGCGAUUAUAAGCGCCCUGCGUUCCUGAUUGGUCGUAUGUGUCGGGGUUCAGGGUAAUGGGGGAGGGAGGGGGGAGGUGUGUGUGUGUCUGUGCGAGUGUGUAUCCGGUUUGUCAUGAAGGAGUUGUUGUUGUCUGCAGAAUGCCGGUCCUAUGGGUGUGUUUGGCACUGCAGAGUGUGUGCGUGUGUGUGCCUGCGUGCACGUGUGUAUUUGCCUGCAUGUGUGUGCGUGCGUGCGUGCGUGCGCGAGUGUGUGUCUGUGUGUGUGUGAGCGAGAGAGAGAGGAAGGGAGAGGACAUUAAAGUCUCAGCUCGUUUGACGUUUGGAUCGAUCAGCUGACAGCUGAUGCGCUCGAUGCUGAGUGAGCUAUUUAUUCAGAGAUAGGUUAUAAUAUUAUUUUAGUCAAUGACUAAUAUUCGAUAUGCUGAUAUUUGGUGCAGUGGGUACGAUUCGUAUUUGUAAAAAAAGAGCGUCUGCCUUUAUUUCAAAAGGCCUCUUUGCGACAUCCUGUCUGUUUGGGGCAUCGAGUCACCAGGCUUUGGUGUGUAGACCAUCGUUGGAAACAGACUCCUCCUUCUCUCGCUCUUCUUCUCUUCUCAAACAUGUGCACCUUUUUAUUUUAUCGUUAAUCCAGAGCACAAAUGUAAAUGUUUGCUUGACCACACAAUAGACGUGGAAGGGAAACAAAACACGGCACAUUUUCGACAGUGACGAUGACAGAAAGCCUUAAGAGCAGAUGGGUUUGUGUUUUCCCAAAUGGGUGGAUGGUUCUAUAGCACAGUGGGGUCCGACUGGGAUGUGGA